CACGAUCUUUACGGACACCAUAAACUCGGUUGCUAUAGCUAUAUCUUAUACCGUGCAUUGCUAUCUACAUACAGAUAUUUGCAUACAGCCUUGCCCGAUUGCGAACCUAUCUCUGAUCAGAACCAGACCUCCGUUUCUCGAGUGACACUCAUCUUGCCAUUCAUUUACAAUGACCGCUUCUGAUCUUCCGAAGGUGGAUUCGGUGGUGGAGAGCGUGACAAACGCGACCAAGAGACUAUCGCAAAUCUCGGCCAACACAGUCAACUCGAAGCGCAAAAACCAGAACCACGUAGGGCCGUGGAAGUUGGGGCGCACGUUGGGGCGCGGGUCGACGGGGCGUGUGCGCCUCGCGAAGCACGCGCAGACGGGCCAGCUUGCAGCGGUCAAAAUUAUCCCCAAGUCAAACAUCAAGACGGCGGAUGGUGACGGCCUUCCGUACGGCAUCGAGCGCGAGAUCAUCAUCAUGAAGCUUAUCUCACACCCCAACAUCAUGGGUCUCUUUGAUGUGUGGGAGAACCGCGGCGAGUUGUAUCUCGUGCUCGAGUACAUUGAGGGCGGCGAGCUCUUUGACUACCUCAUCAAGAAGGGCAAGCUCGAUGAGCGCGAAGCGGCGCGCUAUUUCCGCCAGAUAAUUGACGGGGUGGACUAUUGCCACCAGUUCAACAUCUGCCACCGCGACUUGAAACCCGAAAACUUGCUUCUCGACAAGAACCGCAAUAUCAAGAUCGCCGACUUUGGCAUGGCUGCCUUGGAGAUCAGCGAGAAGAUGCUUGAGACCUCCUGCGGUAGCCCGCACUAUGCGUCGCCCGAGAUUGUUGCCGGCAGGAACUACCACGGUGCGCCGUCCGACAUCUGGUCCUGCGGUAUCAUCUUGUUCGCGCUACUCACAGGCCAUCUCCCCUUCGAUGAUGAGAACAUCCGCAAGUUGUUGCUCAAAGUGCAGAAGGGCAGCUUCAUGAUGCCGAAGGCGCUCUCUCCCGAGGCGCGCGACUUGAUCGCACGCAUGUUGCGCGUCAACCCGGUCGAUAGAAUUACCAUCCAAGGCAUCCUCCGCCACCCCUUCAUGCUCAAAUACCCGCAACGCUACCUGGAGCAGGUGGCAAAACCGCACUUCCGCUUGUCUUCUAUCCAGUCGGUCGACCAGAUCGACAAGGAGAUCUUGAAGAACUUGCAGAUCUUGUUUCAUGGCGCCAAGCCCCAGUUCAUCGUGCAGAAGCUCCUUGCCCCGGAAUCCAACUCAGAAAAGGUGUUCUACUAUUUGUUGAUGAAGUACCGCAAUGAGCACUCUACGUUGGUGACAUCUCAGGAGUUUCAGCGAGCUGCUUCCAGCGGGUCCUCCGUCGGCAGUAAGUUACCGCGCUCGGUGUCAGUGGUCAAGACGACCAUCACCGAUGCUAAUGGAAACACCACAACCCAGGUUACCCGCGAGCCGGCUUCCCAGCGCCUCACUCCGUCUGUCUCCAGACAUAACAUCACCCCGUCUGUUUCCAGACAUACCACCCUCGAGAUGCCAUUGGGCAACAUCACCAACACCAUCCAGGCGUCACACGGCGCACUGUUUAGGAACCAUGCCGCGGGCAAGUCGCCUAAGCGCAGCGCCAGAACGCCCAUUUCGGCCUCCACCUCCUACAAGCGUAACAUCUCAUUCCACCACAGGCAAAAAUCUGGCUCCAGUAUUCACUCGUUAAAGUCUGGGCGCUCUCUCAGAUCCAUCAUCACGAACGAAGAGCGUCUUCCUGUCUCUCCCGUCUCCCAACGAAGCCGGAAGGCCCGGGGCUUGAGCCCAGCCCGCAGUCACUUCCCUCCGUUGCCCCGCUUCCCGAGCAACGUCUUGCCCAGCGAGACUCCGUCUCCAAUCAAUCCAUCCGACGACUAUGAGGGGGUUGACGACGAGGGAAUCGACGACGAGUCAAUAGUGGACGAAAGCUAUGUCGUGGAGCACGCCCAGCACAUCCGUCUCAGCACCCCAACGGUGCUCACGAACACGCACACCGCCACGCCAGAUGACUUUGCUUUGAUGUGCCAGGCGAUCUUUAGUGCCCAUGGCGAGGAAGACAAGGAGAACCAGUCAGCCGACACGCAAAAAAAGAUCCGCCAGCAAACCAGGCUUGAGUUGGAGAACCUUCAAACAAUCAAAGAGUCGAAGGAGAGGUUGCGAAAGGAGGAGGAAGCAGAGUUGCUUCGCGAACGCGAGUUAACCCGACGUCGGUUGGAAGAAGACAACAGACGGCUGUUGCAAUUCCACAGACCGAUGUGGGCGAACGACGAGACAGAACCGAUUCCGGAGCGCCAUGAAGCGAAGGAGGUCGGAUAUCUGAGAACUAAAGGCGAGACACAAGAGCAGAAAAAGGUGCCUCCCAUCCAACAACGCAAUAUCUCGGAACCUUUGGCGCCUUCAUUCUCCAGCAGCUUAGACCCCAGACGGACCCUCAGCACGCAGAAGAAAGUCAGCCGCGACGCCAAUAGCGUGUUGGGGAAGUUGGGUAUCCAGGUUGCCCCAGCCAGCCAGAACAGCCUCCGUAUUCCGCCCUCGCCGCGCGUGGCCCUUCCGAAAAGUCCGCAGUUGAACAGCUUGAGGUUUCCGCCAUCGGUGCUCUCGGGGUCCAAGACCUCGUCCACCAGAAACUUGGCUAGCUACUUGCAGAAGGAUAUUUCAGUCUCGCAGUUUAACGCGAGCAACCCGGAGAAGGUGCUGGUGACGAAGCACGUUGCGCCGUCGCGCCAGCUGUCGGCCAGGGUGAUGGCUAAGGUUGUGGUAUCGCAAACAGACGACUUGGUCGACGAUUACGCCGACAAAGCGUCGAAAACGAAUCUCUCUUCUAUGAGCAGCAAGUACAUCCCUAAUCCGAGAUUUUCUCGAUUUUCGUUUGGCAACUUGCUUUCUGAGGAGUACAAUGAGACCUUGGAGUCCGUGCAAGCCUCUACUCCAAAAAGAGCUAUGGAGCCGCGAGAUAUCCGUAGGGCCCAUGCGAGCAUGCCCGAGGAAGAUGAAAGCCUGUUCGACGAAGCAGUGCAAAGGUCCUCUGCCGUUGAGGCUCCUCAUGAGAAACGCGAGGACGUAGCUCAAGUUGAACAAAGUCACGACAGUGAGGAAAGUCAAAGAUAUGACCAUGAGCAGCAAUACCUUGACGAUACGGCUCAGGCUGACACAUCAGAAGAUUACAGUCAAGAGUUUCGUAUAUCCACGUAUGGCGUAUCUUACGACGAAGACACGGUGUAUGACGAUAUCAAGUCCGAGGCAGAUGUGUUUGAGUAUCCCGUGGUUAACUCUGUCUCCAAGAUUAACGCUUACAAAAAGCCUAGAGCAUUAUCGAGUGCUUCCGAGCAACGACACCCAAGUCAAAAGUCCCCUGACGUCCGGGGCAGUUUGUAUGCUGGGAACCAAGAGUGUGACAUUGCCAACUCAUUCUUGACGGUGGACGUUGCCAACCAGGCGUUUUCGCCUCGCGACCCCGCACUGCAGGAAGAGGUUUCGCUGGACGAUUCGAUCUAUGAUGAUAAUGUCGAGGAGACGGCAAAAGGCAUGGAGCGCGCCAACACCACAGUGUUCAGCUCCAACUGUGACAUUGGUGCGAAUGGAAACAUGGGUGUCAGCACCGCCAAGCAGCUGAACUACAUCAUCCUCCAAGAUACCGGGAUGGAGGGCCACCAGACCUUUGACAUGUUGAUGGACACCCCUGAGAACGACACCAGCGUGAAACAUGAUUCCAGAACGUCUUUGGCGUCGCAGGAACUCGACGAGAAGAAACGUGAGCCUGUGCGUAAGAGCACCGAGAAAUCGAAGAGGGCCCCCUUCCAUGAUUACACUGCCAAGCCGGCGGAACCGCUAGUCAAGCCACCUGUUCAAAAGGACGAGGGGAUCAAACGGAAGACGUCUUUGUUCAGAAAGUUCAACUUGAACCCGAGCCGCGAAGCCCCGAAGGCGCCAGUUGCGAGUCUGAUGCUCACUCCACCGCCAGCUAUCAGCGCUAUUCGCAAAUCGUACAACCGCGACUCGGUCAUCUCAAACCAAACGUCUGUGUCUGGAUUUAGCUCUAAGCAACCGUUCAUGGACAACGACCAGACCCCGAAGCAGAGUUGGUUCUCGAAGCUUAUCAACAACUUGACCCACGCUCCGAAUAAUGGUGUUCCCGCCGGUUCCAAGGGAAACACGGUGUACUCCAAGAUGACCCAGAAAGCGAUGAGCAACUGUUUGCGCAUUGCGUUGAAUGUCAAGGAGAAGCAAGGGACUGUGGCUAAUGUCAAGUACAGCCACGACUUGAAGACCAUCCACGGUAGCAUCCCGGCAAGAUACGCACGCGGCAGGAUUUUGAAGUUCCGCGUUGAGAUUUUUAUGGUUGGGGGGAAUGCUUCGUCCGCAACGUUGUUCAAGGUCAAGGGUUCGUCCAGGGUGUUUAAGAAUUUGGUUGAGAACGUUAAGUUUAUUUUGGAGAAUGAGGAAGAACAAGUCUACUCGAGGCGCUAGAGAAGUGUUUAAUGUAACAUGCUUGGAAUUCCAGGGGUGUACAGAUUGUAAUUUAAUGUUCGUGUAUGGCUUUAGAAAUGAUUUUAUACCAUCAG